GUCGUUUCACUCAGUUAGGAACCUUCCUAAGCAAGAAGACUAUUCGGACGAAGCCUAUGGCUCUGGACCAGAGACUGUAAAAAAUGCUCUGGACAGACCCUUCUCAGAAAUUUGGCACGUGACCAGACAAAUCUGAAACACUUCCUCGUCAUCAGUGGCUCACAUAGAAAGUUGCAGAACUCCCAGUCCGUAGGUAAUACAGAAUACUUUAUGACUAAAGGUAGUGGGAUAGUUCGGCGUGUCAUUUUUCGGUGAGUUGAGCACAUGGGUUUUCUUGACACUUGGCAUGGGAAUGUGGCAACCUUUUGGUAACCUUAGGAGUUACCUGGAGCGUCACCCACCAACCAUCAUCUUUUUCAUGUGUCUCCUCUCAUUGGCUAUAACUUUUCUCAGCUUUGGAUUAUACAUCAAGGCUCACUAUGUGAGGAACCCAGACAUAACUCAGGACUGGAACCAGAUUCUGGCUUCUAUCGCAGACCUGAAAUUCUGUGUGUUUGCCAAUGAAACUGAUGCCCCAUCUUUUCCUAUGGAACAUGCAGUUUCCUCUCCUCAGUUUGUGGAUCACAAGUCAGCAGUUGGGAUCCCUUUGAACUCCUCCCACAUUCCUCUUGCUUCCACUCAUCUGUCUCUCUUGGUGCCAUUAGCCUUGGCUGAGAGUAGCCAGGGCCGAGGCCCAGCAAAUCUUCAUGCCGUGCUACAGGGAAGUGAGCUUGGGUUAAAGGGUUCUGCUGGAAACGAGUCUCUGAACUUGACACUGCUGUUCUACUCUCAGCCUGAACUGAUACACAAUGGGUUGAGUGGCGAGACUGGAUCAACAUUUACAUGCCUGAGGGUCACUGCGCCUGCAUACAUUCUACCUCAAACUCCCCAUCCUCCAGCAUGCCCAGUCAGUGACGAUCAGGACUCCCCAUUGAAUGCCAUAACCUCAGCAUGGAACCAGAACCCCCAGAGCACUUUGGAGUGUUACUGUCUGAAGUUUACCCCUAAUCCCAGCCUUACGGUUAUAUUAUCCCAGGAGGAGAGGGAUUUGGCUGGACACCAUUUGAUAAUGGUCAGUGCUUGUCUUCUGAGUGUAUGUGGAGUGCUUUGCUUUCUUGGGAGCCUCCCUUGUUCAAAGUCUCAGAGGUACCAAGACAAUGGACUGGACUUAAAGGAACCACUGAUUGACUCCUGAAUUUGUCACUUGCUCUGUUUAAUACAUUUUUUUGUUGUUUGUCAGAAAACUGAAAAGGAUGUAUAUUAAUACACCAUAAUGCUAUGAAAGGAAAGAAUGCAGCAAAGGAAAAUAAAGUUAGAAGGAAACAAUA